GUCUUCUUCUCUCGUUGCUGCUUCUCAUCGAGUAGGUCGUGAUAAAGCAUCUAAACGUGCCAGUGCCGAAAAGCUUCGGAAUUGCACGAGAAAAUUACCGGACAGCCAUCGGAAAUCAAUGCAAUUUGCCAGUUUAAUUGAACUCACUCCUAAGAACAUCUGGAACGGGCUCGUAAUCAUUCGAAUCAUGAACCCGUUCCAGAGUUCCGUAUGA